CAACGAUCGAGCGAGACCACAUCAAUUUGAGCCUUCGGGCCCGAGCACGAAAUAUGGACGACGCCUCCAUGCCCGGGGCGUUCCCUACUGCGCCCGAGGAGAGUGUCCCUGCAAGCAGGACACCCAAGAGAAGGUUCGUUGGAAGAAGGACGGCAGAUGCGCAGGCAAAACAUGGGCAAGAUGCGAAGGGGUCUGUCGAGGAGACGACCGCAGUGGUACCCAAAGUCCAGCGCAAGUCACCACGGGCCCUGAACCAGGUACCUGCAGAAAUCCUCGAUGACCCAGACAUUCAGGCCGCAAUAGCCUUGCUUCCUCACAAUUACAGCUUCGAAAUACCCAAAACCAUCCAUCGGAUACGGACUCUCGAGGCGAAACGAGUCGCCUUACAAUUCCCCGAGGGUCUUUUGAUGUUUGCCACUACCAUCUCCGACAUCCUGACCCAAUUCUGUCCUGGCACCGAGACCUUGAUCAUGGGAGACGUCACUUACGGCGCAUGUUGCAUUGAUGACUACACCGCAAGAGCCCUAGGAUGUGAUCUUCUGGUCCACUAUGCACACAGUUGUCUGAUACCCGUGUCUGCCACGAAGAUAGCCACUCUCUACAUCUUUGUGGACAUAUCUAUCGACAUUAAACAUCUGGUGAGCACCUUGUCUCGCAAUAUAUCUCCAGGCAAGACAAUCGCCAUGGUGGGUACAAUACAAUUCAAUGCAACACUUCAUACCAUCAGACCUGCCCUUGAAGCGGAAGGCUUGAGGCUAGUCGUGCCUCAAGUCAUGCCACUGAGCAAGGGCGAGGUACUGGGCUGUACUGCUCCUAAACUUACCAAAGACCAAAGCGUUGACCUCAUUCUUUACCUUGGCGAUGGGCGCUUCCACCUUGAAGCUGCGAUGAUAGCAAAUCCGACCAUCCCGGCUUUUCGAUAUGACCCAUACUCGCGGAAAUUGACUCGAGAGACUUACUCACACGAUGAAAUGCUCGACAUGCGAACCAGUGCAAUCAACACUGCAAAAAGGGCUAAGAAAUGGGGUCUGAUUCUUGGAGCAUUGGGCCGCCAAGGCAAUCCGCAUACCCUGACCAUGAUUCAAAACUACCUCACCAAGCAAGGUAUACCAUACAUCAACCUUAUGCUCAGCGAGAUAUUCCCUGGCAAGUUGGCUCUCUUUGAAGAUGUGGACUGCUGGGUCCAGAUUGCCUGUCCUCGAUUGAGUAUCGACUGGGGUUAUGCUUUUUCGCGACCAUUGUUGACACCAUAUGAAGCUCUAGUAGUGCUAGGCGGUCAACAAGGGUGGGAGCAGGGAGACGGCACCUAUCCCAUGGAUUUCUAUGCAAAUAAUGGACUGGGCAGAACGACGGAGAAGCUCGCGGCUCAGGUGGCAGUCUCUGGUUGAACACUUGGGAUGCGACUGGGGAAAGAAACCUUGAGCAAUCGCUGCGCUGUGACCAUGCCGAAAUCACAAGCACCGCCCUUUGUCGCAAGUGAUGGGACUGAGCCUAGGCUCACCCAAAAACCAUUACGACGGGAUGAGCAGUGCGUUUUGUGAAUGUAUGUCACCAAAAAGUCAGGAGCGCGCCUGACUAUGAUGGAGCCACUGGAGGAGUCGAUCGUGACAGAGAUCCAGAGUCUGAUGCCAGCCGUUCUUUCCUCCUGCCACCAGUUGUUGAACCAGCGAAUCCGGAGGCUGCAAGCAAGACACCCUUCGCGCAAAAACAUCACGGCCGGGCGUGGUAGCAGCAAAUGCAUGAACUCUGCGAUGGAUGCACACCUGCAUCAGAAGCAUCCUGAACGAGCCGGAACUAUGACGAGUCGGUAUCCUGCAAGGGUGAGAGGAUUGGAAGUGUCCGGGGCAUGGUGAUGGCGAAGGGUGGAGGAUUGUGUGAACGAGCUGAUGGCUUCGUCAGAGCCUCGAUGGCUGAACCCAGAUCAUUGAUCAUAGGGGGUUUCCCGACCUCCUGGGUUGAUGGAAUGAUGGCAGUACUGAUCUUGAUGAUGCAAUGAACUGGUCGGGGCUACGUUGCUGGACAUCUAUGGCAAGAUGUGAUUACCUAUUCUGUAUAAAGAUCA